AGGGGCUUCACAGAAACCAAAAGAAAAAUUCUAAUCUAAAUAAAGACAUUGGCUUCAUAACUUCCUCUUUGUUAGAUCGAAGCUCGGCAGCAAUAGCACAUAGUCGUCACUCAUACAGCCCUCAAAACGGUAACGAUGCCAACAGGAUGGAUCUCUGAGGAAUUCCUUCAUGGACCAUAGCCCAACUUUGCCUGUGAACAUGGAGACUGAAGUUCCGCAAGUGUACCGGAUUGCCAGCCAAGUGUUUUACGGCAUUAUCUUCAUCAUAGGCACAGUGGUCAACCUGACAGCCCUCUGGGUCUUUGCCUUGACCACUAAAAGACGAAACUCCAUCACUGUUUACAUGAUCAAUGUCGCUUUGGUGGACCUGUUAUUUAUCUUACAGCUGCCCUUUCGAAUGGUCUACUACAGUCAAAACUACUGGCCCUUCGGGGACAUCUUCUGCAGGAUUAACGCAGCACUGACUGUGCUCUAUCCCUGCUUGGCCUUGUGGCUCUUUGCCCUCAUUAGCACAGACCGCUACGUGGCCAUAGUGCAGCCACGACACACACGAGAACUAAAAAGCAUCCAUAAAGCCUUGCUGUCAUGUGCAGGAGUCUGGAUCAUGACCCUGGGUAGCACGGCUCCACUCGUCUUUCUCGAAGAAGAUCCAGAUCGUGGAUCAAAUUUCACCACUUGCAUCAAGAUGCACGACAUCAUCUACUUGCGCCGUGACAACCCUGUCCACUUUGCACGAAUUGUCUUCUUCUUUCUGGUGCCGGUGUGCAUAAUGGUGGGCUGUUACAUUACCAUCGUGGAUAACCUCAUUCAUGGCCGCACAUCCAAACUGAAGCCCAAGGUAAAGCAGAAGUCCAUCAGGAUCAUCAUCACACUGAUCAUUCAGGUGCUCGUGUGUUUUGUGCCUUUCCACAUCUGUUUUGUUUCCAUGCUGCUGGACACAAAUGGAAAAGGGUACAACACCUGGGGUGCCUUCACCACCUUCCUGAUGAACUCCAGCACCGUGUUAGACAUUAUACUCUUCUACAUCGUGUCAAAGCAGUUUCAGGAUCGUGUGAUCAGUGUGAUCCUGUACAGGAACUAUUUGAGGAGCGUGCGCAGGAAGAGUCGUCACACCAACAGCGUUCGCUCGCUCAGUAACCUGACCAGUGCCAUGAUCUGAGGAAUAAUGCAGUGGGCAACAACAAUGAAAACUGAAUGUAAACAAGCUGGUGUUUGUAAUUAAAUAGCAGAUCAAGAUUUAAUUUGCGGGACGAGAUGAACAAUGUUAAAUCCAUGAAUCAAACUCUUUCUUUUUAAAUAUCAUGUGAGCACAAAGACAAAUUACAUGGUAUAGAUUCAUUGCAACUUGCUGGACAUUUGCAUAAAAUCAGUUUUGCUGCCGGAUAUACAACACCAACCAAGUAAACUGUUUGUGCUGGAAGUCACAGAAUGUGUUAACACGUCCUUUAAAACUGUUUGGUUUGUUGAUUUGUUGUUUUGAGUUUUUAAAAGGGAGUAAAAUUCAAGGUUUAAAUUUGGAUGAUACAA